AUGUAUUCAAGUUCAACCACCACGUUCAUAAAACUCCUCCACCAGCUCAGCGCACUGACCCACCGCGCCUUCCAAACCCUAGGCGCGAAGCACGGCCCGGUCAUGCUCCUCCACUUCGGCAGCAGGCCCGCGAUCGUCGUCCAAUCAGCCGACACAGCUGCACAGAUCAUCAAAGACCACGACCUCAUCUUCGCCGACAAGCCCCACUUCAGCUCCACGCGCCGCCUUCUGUACGAUAACAAGGACGUGAUCUUCGCCCCCUACGGCGAGUACUGGAGGAAACUGAAGAGCAUAUGCGUUCUCCAGCUGUUCAGCAACAAAAGGGUUCAAUCUUACAAGUUUAUUAGAGAGGAAGAGACAGCUCUCUUGUUAGAAGAGAUUGACUCAUGUUGUUUGUCUGAAACGGCGGUGGAUUUGAGCCAACUGUUUGAUUUGCACUCGAAUAAUGUGAUCUGCAGAGCUGCUUUUGGGAGGAGGUUUGUGGGAAGGAGGUUUGCGGUGGUGCUGAGGGAACUUUUCCGGCUGAUGGCGACUGUGGAGAUCGGGGAGUUUGUUCCGUGGCUUUCGUGGAUUAGUCGGGUUAAUGGGUUUAAUUGGAGAGUUGAGAAGGUGAGAGAAGAGGGUGAUGAGAUCUUGGAGAUGGUGGUUGAAGAGCACAUCAGUAGAGGCUUAGAGGGGAGUGAUGCAGUGGAUGAAAACAAGGAGUUUUUUCUUGAUAUUUUGCUUAAGGCUUCAAUUGAUAGAGAUGGUAUCAAAGCAAUCCUUCUGGACAUGCUUGCCGGUGGAACAGAUACAACAUCUUCAACUCUUGAGUGGGCGAUGACAGAACUCAUACGACAUCCUACCGUCAUGAUGAACUUGCAAACAGAAGUACGGGGAAUUGUCAAAGAUAGAAAGAUCAUAACCGAUGAGGAUUUGGGUGAAAUGCAGUAUUUAAAAGCUGUAAUCAAGGAAACCCUACGUCUGCAUGCUCCAGCCCCAUUAUUGGGGCGAGUUGCUCGAGAGGACGUAACAGUUAUGGGGUAUGAAAUCCCAGCCAACAUGAUGGUCAUCACCAAUGUCUGGGCCAUAGGCAGAGAUCCUGCAUCUUGGGAGGAGCCACACAAGUUCCAUCCAGAGAGGUUCCUAAAUUCUUCACUAGACUUCAAAGGUCUUGAUUUCAGGUUUUCCCCGUUCGGGCAUGGGAGACGAGGCUGCCCAGGGAUCGCGCUUGCAAUAGCAAGCGUUGAGGUCGUGCUGGCAAAUCUUGUGCACAAGUUCGAGUGGAAACUGCCAAUGGGAGCUAAAUGUGAGGAUUUGGACGUGAUGGAACAGCCUGGUGUUGAUAUUCAUAGAAAGAAUCCUCUUCUUGUUGUGCCAACUCUGAUUGGAACAUAA